AGUGAAUUGCAACACACUAUGUAAGACUUGCGGCACCACAUGCUGGAUGAAUGAGUGAUGUUGUCCGGGGAUCCUAACUGUUUUGGGCAUCCAACUAAAGUUACCUUCACCUUCUCGGAAAAAUGCCUGAAAAAUGCAGAAAAUCCCAAUUAUCCACCAUAUGCAUCAUACUGGGCUGCAUCACCCUAUCGGGAGGACUCAACUUACAAUAUCCAGAGUUGGCUUGCUCAUAAGAUGAAGACACAGCGGCAAAAAGUUAAAUUAGAAAGAGCGGUACAGCGAGCUGAAAGAAAAUUGCAAGUUGAAUAUGAUAAACAAAUGGAGGUAAAACAAAAAGCGGCAGAUCAGAAAUUUAAGGUUUGGCUAAAGAAUAAAGGAUUCGCAAAUCAGUCGCCGGUCAUGUUGCUGAGAGGUCCACAUCGUCCGGAGACUACACCUUCAAAUGCCAAUCUUGUCUCGGUGGGAGAUUCGAAACGUCCUAAAACUGCUAGGGUACGAUCUCUUGAAACACCUCAUCCACCAAGUAGUCAAAGGACUAAAGGAAAAUUACGACCUAGAUCAGCCUCAGCUUCAGGAAACAGGAAACAAAUUACCUCAACCCUAGACAAGAAAUCAAUCCAGCCAAAACCAUCCUGCAAAGCGUUAGGACAAGAUGAGUACAUGAAGAUGAGGCAUCUUGCUGGCAAACGAUACAAGAAACUCAAAGACGAGAAAUCAGGGUUCCAGUGCGAAGAUCAACUUUUACGGAAACUUCAGGACUUAAGCUGGGAAGAAAAAUGCAUCAAAAACAAGAUGGUUUUCUCAGAGAAAGAAGACCUGGAUAAAGUGAAGAAAAAGGCGCUGAAAAAGGGAAAGAAGAAACUUAAGUUUAAAGGGGACGUUAUCACUGUUGAAGUUGAGGAGAUUAAUAGUAACGCAGAUGUAGAUAUAACGUUCGAAGAGGUGGAUGAUAAAUGUUCCGAUAUCGGUUGCAUAGAGAGGGAAGGAGUUGAUUUCCACAUCGAGAGUAGAGAGACUAUUGAUUUAAGUGACAAGCCAGAUGAAGAGUUUUGUCGCCCGAUAACAGCAGAGCCGCCCAAGGUGGAAUGUGAAAUUAUACCCGCACCUACUUCCUCCGCGCCUACACGGCCCAAAACAGCCAAACAACGGCCGGGUAAUAAGGAGGGUGCGGUCAAAAAGGAUAGUGUUAAGGAAGACGGUAAGAAACCAGCUGCAACUGAAAAUAAGGGAACAAAAGAGGAUGAUCCUCCAACGCAAGAAAUAGAAACUUUGGUAAAAGCGACAGAAAAAGAGGAAAAAAAGAAAGCAGCAGCUCCCAAAGAAAAAACGUCCCCAAAAAAAGCCGCCGCACCACCAAAAGAAGCCCAGCCUCCAGUAGAACCAAAGGCACCCAAAAAGACACCGGAAAAACAAAAAGAUGUACCUUCAACGCCUAAAAAGGAUGCCGCUCAACAGCCAGUAGAAAAAUUGUCACAAAAAGAAGAUGCAAAAUCUACCAAAGCAGAAAAAGUAUCGCCGCCAAAAGAAGCUGAAAAACAACCAGCAGAAAAAGUAUCACCGCCAAAAGUAGCCGAAAAACUGCCAGCUGAAACAGUAUCGCCACCAAAAGAAGCUGAAAAACUGCCUGCUGAAAAAUUAUCGCCGCCAAAAGAAGCCAAAAAACUGCCAGUCGAAAAAGUAUCACCGCCAAAAGAAGCCAAGAAACCGCUUACGGAAAAAGAAACACCACCAAAAGAAGCCAAAAAAUCGCCAAAAGAGGCAGCAAAACCACCUUCAGAAGAAGCACCAUCCUUUAAAGAGGAGGUUGAAAAGGUAACACCAAAUGGUGAAGUUCAUGGGGACAAAAGUUCGACGAAGGAAGUUAAAACUGCUGAAGCCGAUUCGAAAAUUGCAGCUGACUCUUUCUUUGAUGAUUGAACUCAUUAGUUGAUGAAAUAUUUAAGAG